ACCUUGGCUGGUCUCGAAUUUUUGUGGGUUAGGACGUCUUCUCUACGGGGUUAUCGACAUGAAUAUUCCGAAAUGGGUGUAUUCAAGCGGGAUGUUGGGCCCAUUGACGCUCUUUUGUUCGUAUAAUCGCUUCCAGCUCGGAUCGUGUUGAAGAAGUGGACACAGAUGCCGAUGAAUCUCUGAAGCUCGCGCGCGUCUUGGGGGACCAACCUUCCACCCAAACACAGUCUCAUCACCCUCACUUCGACAAAGUUACGAAACUCCCCUACCUGUCAUCUCCAGCUAUGAAUCUUGAAAGAACAGAAAGUCCUUCGCAUGCGGAAGUCGAGGCCGGCUCAAGAUCUGCUCCCUAUGUAGCCGGUCAAGAGGUUGCUAUGCAGUUGGUCUCAGAGUCACCAGUUGCCUCUAUUACCGCAGCAGAGGAGAGGCGUGCCUGUCCAAAGAUCGGCUGGCACAUCAUGCCACUUAUCAUGAUCACCUUCAUGUUUCAGUAUAUCGACAAAGUCAUCCUCAGCGGCGCCACUCGAUUCGGCAUUAUUCAAGAUUUGCACCUCUAUACCGCUGCAGGUAUCAACCCUAAAACCCCAUGAGCCCAUUCCCAAUCUGAGGAAAUAUUUAAAAGCAACUCUGAUUAUCUACUGCGGUUGUUUGGCUGAGUUGCUUCCGGCGUCGUACUUGGCUCAGCAACUGCCGAUUGCCAAGUUCCUUGGAUGUACACUCAUUGUCUGGGAGUGCUGUGAUCAUGCUCG